AAGGCGGUCUCUGUGCGUGUUCGGGUGCGUGACACGGAUCCCCAGCUGCGAGUUACAUUUCCAUUUCUUCUUCUUUCCCCCUCCUUUUUCGUCUUCCACGCCGCCGUCCCCGGAAUGCGUCCCUGCGUCCCCCCUCUCCCCACACUCCCGACCCUUCUCAUUUGACCCUCUGUCUCAUUCCCAAUGUGUCCCUAUUCCGUCUUUCCCGGUCUCCACUAUCCCCACCCCCGUUGUUGUUAUUUUGGUUGCUUUGUGUUUGCCUUUUGCUUGUUGUGCUUUCCGGCUUCUGUGUGGUUUUGUUUUGUUUUGUGGUUUUGCUUUUUUGGUUUUGUGGUUUUUUUGGUUUGGUUUGUGUCGCCUGCAGCUGCAGAGCAACCUCUUCGCCAGCCUAGACGAAACGCUGCUGGCGCGGGCCGAGGCGCUGGCGGCCGUGGACAUCGCAGUGUCCCAGGGCAAGAGCCACCCGUUCAAGCCGGACGCCACGUACCACACGAUGAACAGCGUGCCAUGCACGUCCACGUCCACCGUGCCGCUGGCACACCACCACCACCACCACCACCACCACCAGGCGCUCGAGCCCGGUGACCUGCUGGACCACAUCUCGUCGCCCUCGCUCGCGCUCAUGGCCGGCGCCGGCGGCGCGGGCGCAGCGGGUGGCGGCGGAGGCGCCCACCAGGUGGCGGCGGCGUCGGCGGCGGCGGCCGUGGUGGGCGCGGCGGGCCUGGCGUCCAUCUGCGACUCGGACACGGACCCGCGCGAGCUCGAGGCGUUCGCGGAGCGCUUCAAGCAGCGGCGCAUCAAGCUGGGCGUGACGCAGGCCGACGUGGGCUCUGCGCUGGCCAACCUCAAGAUCCCGGGCGUGGGCUCGCUCAGCCAGAGCACCAUCUGCAGGUUCGAAUCGCUCACGCUGUCGCACAACAACAUGAUCGCGCUCAAGCCCAUCCUGCAGGCGUGGCUGGAGGAGGCCGAGGGCGCGCAGCGCGAGAAAAUGAACAAGCCCGAGCUCUUCAACGGCGGCGAGAAGAAGCGCAAGCGGACUUCCAUCGCCGCGCCCGAGAAGCGCUCCCUGGAGGCCUACUUCGCGGUACAGCCCCGGCCCUCGUCCGAGAAAAUCGCCGCCAUCGCCGAGAAACUGGACCUCAAAAAGAACGUGGUGCGGGUGUGGUUUUGCAACCAGAGACAGAAGCAGAAGCGGAUGAAAUUCUCCGCUACUUACUGAGGGGGAUGGGAGGUGCCGGGCCGGGCAGAGCGAGGAGCUGAAGGGGCGUUUCUGGGGGUCUUUCCUCGGGCCUGCUUCCCCUCGGAUUUGGAGUGUCCGUUAUCCUGCUUGCAUUUGGGGAGGCCCUCCUGGAGCGCUCUCCUCCGCCUCCUCUCUGCUGUCCCUGCCCUUACCCUCUCCCACCCUAGAGGACAGGGGUGCCGGGUAUGGACACAGGAGAGAAGGGCGGGGGGAGAAGGGGGAGCAUUUGGGUGAGUGGGGAGUUGGGGGAAGGAAAGCGGAGACUGGAGGAGGGGUUUUGAGGAGCAGGAUGGAUCUGGGGGUUGGGGUGGGGGGAACACUUGGGAAGGGUAGGGAAAUGGACUGUUUUUGACCAGAGACACUUAUUAAAAUCUCCUGGGGACCAAGGAACUAUGUACAAAAAACAAACCUACCAACCACCAAAAACUAGACAAAUAAAGACAAAUUAAAACAAAACAGAACAAAAGCAAAGAAAAAUGCUUUUGAAAUUUAACUCCAGAGAGCCGUAUUCUGCAGCCUCGUUUCCCCCUAAGGAAGAGAAAAAAAGAGCACCACCAUUAUUACCACAGCCCCAGUCCUACACACGAACUGAGUCAAAAACCGAAAACCAAACGAACCGGAAGGUGAAAUUCUGGGUGUCGAAGCUAGUUGUUUUGUCCGUGUGUUUAAUUUUCCUUCUAAGACUCACUUACACCCCAUCCAAGUCCUCUUUGAUUUAUUUUCUCUUUUGCAAUGAGACUCCGAUGGCUGCUCUCCUUUGCCAGCCAUUGAGUGAGAACACAUCUGAAGGAAGUGGGGGUGGCUGCUUGUUUAGUUAAAGUUCAAGUUUCCCAGUGACCCAGCCUCUAAUCCUGUGGCCUGGUCCCGGUCGGGUGGAGGUCUGUAGGGAGAACGAGGCAGUCUUUGAGCUGACUAAAAGGCAGAAUUUAGAGGCUCCGAGAUAUUUAUUUUAUUCUAGAAAAAUAAAACAAUUUUAACCAGGUUUUGCUCUUUCCAUUUUUGCUCUUAUAUCUAAGACCUAGAAAAUGGAUCGUUUCAAAAUAAGCUUUUUUCCCCACUCAGAACUUGCUUGCCCUUUCAUUUAUUUAUUUAUUUAUUUAUUUGAGUGUGGUUUAUUUUAAACUAUAUACUGAUUAUUUUUUCCUAUUGAUUCAAAUAGCCUAACGGGGUAGUAGACGGUAGGAGAGAUACUCUGUCGCAUUUUCUCCACAGAACAGGACUCAUCUUGCUCUUCUAGGUCCCCUUUCCUUCUCUCUUGGAGAACAUGAAAUCAUUGAAAUGUUGAGAAGUUUCUGCUUUCACUUGGAGCAGGACUUGUCUGUGAGAGAAUCAACCAAAUCCCAUAUGAGAGGAAGACAGGUUUAACCCUCCAUUUGUUUCAAAAGGGCCUGCAUGUUGGGGGGCAAAGCAGAACAACUAUUUCAUUAUUGUUAUUAUUAUUACUAUUAUUAUUAUUAUUCAAAAGUAAUUUAUUGCUGGGGAUAAAUGUUGGGUAGCAAGAACUUUAAUUUGCACUAUCAAUCUCCCAAAUAUAGAAAAUCAUGUAUAGUAUUUCAUAGUAAUAAUUAAGGUACUUUAUGAACUGCUGGUGGAUUUUUUUAAAUGACAAAAAAAAUUGAAGGUGGUUAGGUAAAAUGCCUGCUUGGUGCACAAGUCACUCUUUUGAUCUCGGGUGGAGAUGGUGUGUUACUAUCCUUUAAUAAGAACUAAAAAAUUGAAAACAGAACACAUGAAAAAAGAAAAAAAACCUGCCAUUUAACAAGACUGAAAUCAUGCAUGAUCUGAAAGGUACAGAAAGAAACACAAGUAGGUCUCACUCUGGUUAGGCAUUAUUUAUUUAAUUACGUUGUAUAUCAUUGUUUGCAGCGCAAACAUUCUAUGCAUUUGAAACUGAGCACUAAACUGGGCUAGCUUUCUGAUAGACCGUUUUGUGGAUAGUGUGAUUUCACAGUCUACUGCCUGUUUUCACCGAAAACACACCAUUCUUGUCAUAUUCUUGUAUUUAGAGGAAAAGGGAAGAAAAGGAAGAUUACUGUAAAUAUUUUCUUUAAUGCACACAUUCACACAGUGGUUACAAAUUGCCCGUGUUAAUCCUGAAAUGUCUCACGGAUUGAUCUACCUACCCAUGUAUGUCUGCUGAGCUUUUUCCUUGGUUAUGUCUUUGCUCUAUUAUCUUUCCUCCUCCCCACUCCUAUCAGAAUCACUUCUGUGCACCAGAAUACCACAGGGGGAUGUGUCCCAGUACACUUACAAAUAAACCAUAACUGAAAGAAGAGCAGUUUUAUGAUUUGGGUGCAUUUUUGUGUUUAUACUGGGCCAAGUCCUGGUAGAGCCGGUCAACAAAUGAGACUCAAUUCAACCAAAAAUACGGGGAUGGGGAGGAUGUUGAAAGGGGGGUGAAAAGAGGGGAAAGGAUAAGAAUGAUGUAUUUUUCUGCUGAAACCGAAUUCACUUUCAGAUAACUCGUGUGAAAGCGGUGCUCUGAAUAAAAUGAAUUCUAUAUUAGUUGCCUGUGUUUAUCAAAGUUUUUUUUUUAACUGCAGAAACCCUCCAAACACAGCCCUCACUUCAGAGUGGUGGAAGGUAAUAAAUAACCAGAUACCCCCUAAUAUAUUUAA